GUCGUUUUUGGGUCGCAUUUUCAGAUAUUUCUCACGUGCUAUAUUGAAAUGUGGAUUUUUGCACAUUCACAUUGACAUUCAAGAUUUGAAUGAAACACAUCAAGAUCAAGAUACAACUGCUCAUGAGCUGCUAAUGAAGGGAAGGGCUAAGUAAUUAGCCUUGUGAGAUGGAUGGAGAUGAAAAUGACAUGAUACCAGUGAAAGACAUGUCAGAGAAGGAUAAGCACACCCGAGGCUUGUAUCAUGACAAAGACUCAUCGCUGGUGCAGGAGCGGGCUGGCAUCUCCAAGCUUUCGCGGGAGGAGCUGGAGGACCGGCACCUGCGGCUGCUGGAGGAGAACCAGAUCCUCAAGAAACACUGCCACAAACAGGAGGACAAAAUCAAAAGGCUGGCCACCAAACUGCUGCGGCUGGUACAGGACCGCAAGAAGUCGGGUGAGGCGGCCGGCGUGCAGCGCGACCCGGAGACGGCCGAGCUGAUUCAGUCCCAGCAGGACCAGAUCCGGCAGAUGGGGCGGCAGAUCACACAGCUCAAGGACAAGCUGCUGGUGGCGCGUCAGCAGGUCACCACCAGCCAGGGCAGCAGACCGGGCCGACCGCUGGCACCCAAGGCGGACACACUACGGCGACCCUCGUCCCGACCCAGCUCCAAGACCAGCGGCUCGCAGCGGCGGCAGCCGGCCGGCUCUGUCGACCAGCAGCUGCCGCCGUACGCCGAGCAGCUGCUGGUCGAGGCGCGCGAGGCAGCUGCCCGGCUGCAGCAACAGUCAGCUGCCCUGGCCCAGCGGAAUCGCGAGCUGGACGAGACAUUCUCGACACUGCGUGAACAGUGCAACAUGUACGAACAGGAGCUGGAGAUGCUGAAGGAACAGAGUCGUGUCAAGGAUCUGGAGCACGAGGAGGAGCUGCAGACCCUCAGAGGACAGGCCAACCAGGCCAACCGCACCAAGCUAGCCGAGAACGUCGAGAUGAUAAAGCUACAGCGUGAGCUCAAACAGACGACCAGCCGGCUGGCGGCCCUGCAAACUCACGCCAACUCAUUGGAGGAGACGCUACGCACCGAGCGGCCCGCCUACGAGCGGGCCUCGCGCGAAAUGGUGGAGCUGAAGCGUCUCUACGACGAGGAGCAGGCGCGCGUGCAGCAGCUGCAACGAGACGCCUCGGCCGCCACGCUGGCCAAACAAAAACUGGAAGAAGUCGAGAUGGCGCUCAGGGAUGCGCAGCGUGAGAACGAGCUCCUGCGAGCGGCCAACGAGAAGCUCUCCGAGAUCGGCUCGGACGUCGGCUGGCAGCAACGGGAGCAGCAGGCCGACGUGGCCCAGCUGAGGGCGCAGUUGUCCAGCUCGGAGUCGAGCCUGCGCGCGGAGCAGGCGCGGCGCCGUCAGCUGUCCGAUCAGCUGACGGCCGAACAGCAGCGCUCCUGGCGGCUGCAGGCGGAGGCUCGCGACCUGCAGACCCAGCUACUGCGGGCCAUGACGAUGCAGCCGGUGCCUCCGCCGGUACCCUCUCGAGCUCUGACGGCGGAGCUGCCGGCACCGCCCAGGCCGGAGACACGUGAUAAGGCGGUGUGCACCUCUCCCCUGCCGGAUCCGGAGCGGGAGCCGCAGCCGGAGCCGGAGCCGGAGUCGUCUCCCCCUCCGGCUCCGCCCGACACCCCGACUGCAGAACUGCUCAGCCGAAUCGACACGGGCGAACCGCUGCCGCGCCAGCUGGCCGCGCUCCACUGCCGCUAUGUGGAGACGGCUCAGGAGCUCGAGAAGGCGCGCACGCUGCUCGACGUCCAGAAACAGAUCAACGCCGGCCAGCGCCAGGAGCUGGCGCUGCUCAGCACCCGGGUGAAGGAGCUGGGAGCUGAGCGAGAGCGGGCCGAGGCCGAGCUGCGUGCCGCUCUGCAGGCACGCACCGGGAGAGUUCUCCAGUUGGAGACCCGUCUCCGCGAGCUGGCGUACCGCGCGCCCGGUCAGCCGGGGCCGCCGCGGCUGGCGCCGCUGGACGCUUCCAUGCAGCUGGAACCGGGUACCUGCCUGUUGGAACUACACGUGGAGAGACUGGCUCUGGAUGUCGCCGGCCGCGCCCGGGUCGGACACGAAGGCGUCUUCCUCACAUGGAUAUUCUACAACCAGGAUAUGCACUUCACACCUGUAGUACACGCUGACCGCGGCGGAUCGGAGCUGCGCUUCGCCUGCUCGUCGCUGUACAAGGUGUUGUUGGACUCUGCGCUAAUCCAUUACCUGAGCCAGGACUUAGUGACGAUUGAAGUUCAGGGUACAGAAGGUGGCUCCGAGUGCCACCAGCUCGGCUCGACGACCAUCAGCUGCCGGGAACUGCUCGAGUAUCCCCGUAACCGUCUGCACGGGACGGCUGAGGUCGACGGCCUCGGUACACUGGCCUACUGGUUUCGCUCUGACGGGGGCGCGCUGGAACACUACCUACAAACGCGGGGAGAUGGGAUGGAGAGAGGACUGGAACGGAGCGCAGAGGAUAGAGCGGACUCCGGAGCUGGCGACCAGACCAUCAUGGCCGGUUCACCGGAUAUCUGUGAGCCCUCGGCGGCGGUGAAGCAGGGCAAAGGACCCGCGGCGGUGUCCACCCCCGUCCGGCGGCGGCUGGCCACUCGCGCCGACCCCGCCCUGCUGGCCCCGCCUGGUGGAGGGGGCCGACGGUCGAAGCGGCCGUCCCCUCGCGUCGUGACUGCUUCUGACACAGAGGUCACAGAGUAUGAGUAUAGCCCGGAGCGCACCCCACGCGGACCACCUGCCAGCCGGGCCCGCAGUGAGGCCGAUAUGGGUCGGGUGCCUCCGCGGCCGGCCGCCCGACGCCAGCCUGCCGCCCGCGGCGGCGGCGGGGGCGGCGGGGAUGCGUCGCCGCCGCGUCGUGCCGCCCCAGCCCAGAGCAGGGGACAGCAGCGGCGGCGAGAGAGUGACGUGAGGGAGGAGACGGAGACGCCACGACGCCCGUCCAGGAAGGAGAGGAGGGAGUCUGGUGGCGUGGUGGGACGUCGAGAGUCCGUCAGAGGGCAUGCUGAGCGUCGGCAGUCAGUCAGAGAAGCACAACGUCGAGAGUCAGUCAGGGGAGACACACAUCGUCGAGAGUCUGUUACAGACAGCAUAGAGCGUCGAAAAUCUUUUAGAGAGACAGAGCGUCGGGACAUCACAUCGGACAUCGGACAUCGGGACAGAGACGUCGGGACGGUCAGGGAGACAGAUCGUCGGCAAUCUGUUAGAGAGACAGAUCGCCGGCGGUCUAUCAGAGCAGAGACGGACCAUCAGGUGCCAACUCGGGACGUCAAAGAACCUCGCGUUUCGGGCCAGACCAGACCGUCCGCGGAGCCCCGGCCGGUGGGGGCCCGGGUGAUACAGUCGGGCCCGGCCCGCCCGUCGGAGGCUGAGGAGGCCCAGCGGGGGCCGCAGCAGGCGCCGCGGCCGCCACCGCGCUCCACUGGCUACGCGACGUACACUGAGUCCUCCGCGAGCGAGGCGAGUAGUCUGGAGGAGCUGGGGAGGCCCGAGACGCCGCCACGGCGCGAGCAGCGGGGCCAGGACCGGGCCGAACGGGAGGAAAAACGGGGCCAGGACCGGGCCGAACGAGAGCCACAGCAGCAGCGGCAGCAGCCACAGCCCGAGAAACGACAACAGAAACGUCCCGAGAAACAACAGCUGACUCGUGGCACAACGCUGAAAGUGGGCGGCUCCUCGGACAGCGGCGGCUCGGCCGGCGGUCCACAGAGCGGCGGCGGCAGCUCCCUUUCCUCAGCCGCUGACGGCCCGGGGGCUCCCGAUCGGUCUCCGCUGACCGCCGGUCGCUCGCCGCCCUCCCCCGACCACCCGCGGCCCCGGCGGAGGGAGCGGGCUGGUGGCAGUUCACCCUCCUCUCCGGGAGCCUGGGGAGGAGGAGGAGGGUCGGACUCGGACCGCUCCCAGGAGAGGACGGUGGUGGCGGCCGGAGGAGGGAUGCGGGUGGCGGCCGAUGUCCAUCGGCGUGGCUCGGAGAGCUCCGUGACGCCCUCGACGGGGACCGGUACCGACAGCGACGGCGUGGUGCUGCACCGGGCGGCGGCCGAGACGCCGUCUGCGUCAGAGGCGGUCACCAUCACCGUACACGAGGUCACCCUCUCCCCAUCCGCCGAGGUGUACCGGCGCGGUACCAGUACUGCCACCGGUACCCCGGGCGAUCGACCGCGGCUGUUUGUCGAGUACCGGUUCCUGGAUGUGCCGCCCGAGCAGCUGGAGUCGCCACACUCGCUACCGCUGCCCGAGCCCGGAGAGCCGCUCGUCUUCAACUUCAGGAAGGUGAUUCCGGUGGCCGGUCGCCAGCUGAGCGCCCGCCGCCGGCUGCUGACCUCCCAGCUGGAGCCAGCCUCCGCCACCACCGACCAGAACGUCAUGACGUUCACCGUGGUGGCAGAGCCAGAGGACUCAGAGGAUGAAGAGGCCGAGUGUGCUGAUGUCGGGUACGCGCAGCUCAGUCUGCCCGAGGUGCUAUCCUCUGGUCGUGAUCUAAACCAGAAUCGCCUGCCGCUCCGUACGGCCGACGGCCAGCCGGCCGGUCACCUGAGUGUCAGCCUACAGGCGCAGCAGGCGCUCCGGGCCGCCGCGUCUGGCCAGCCGGAGUAGCAGGGGAGACCCUCCCAGGUAGCGUCCGUCCCGGGAGGGGAGAGCUGGAUGAUAGAGUACGAGCAGCUAUAUCGGAACGUGCUUUGGGAGAGAGUGGGCUUAUGUCAGGAGAGUGCGAACUACCUGAGGCUGGGAUUUCUUGGCCUGCUGCUCGCCAUGAGAGGAUAUGAUUCCUCCAGUAUUGGCCUUCGAAGUGGGGUAGAGUCUAGUCACAUGCAACGGUGACCACGGGUCGCUAGUUGUGAUGGCGGUAAUUUGUGAAAUAGUGUGAUAUGGUUCUAGUCGCGAGGUGGCGCUCUGGCCCGGCCUGCGGUCAUGGGCUGAAGACUGGUUUUGAACCGAAAAUGAGAUAAAAGAGACCUAGUGUGCCGACUGCAGGAAAUGUGUGUAUAACUGAAGGCUAUGCUUGGUCUAAAAACAUGCCAUUGAACUACUGAGAAAGUGACUAUGCGGCGAAUCCAGGUAAUUUGCGUCGUUCAGGGUCAUAAUUUGUGUUUAUCAUGUAUGUAUAAUUCAAUGUCGAGUUUGCCUGCAAUAUUUACGGGACGCAGUACUUUAUUUGAUCUCAUGCAAUCAUGGACACCUGAAAUCUCGACAAAAUGGUGUGCAUUUUCCGCUCCUGUCACCGGGAACGGCAAUUCAUGCAACGUCGCUAGUCAGUCACCCAUGUUAGUCAUUUUUAUCAUGUCAAUAUUGUAAAUACCCAUAUAUUGUUUCGUGCUUUACCAUUUCUCAUUUCUUCGCUGGUGCGGCUGUCAUUUAUCGGCACAAGUUGCGAUAUUUCUAUGUUACGUGCUUCCCAAAUUUUGUCUGCUGUUGUACAAUUUAGUAGUACAAACGUAUCCGUCCUUCCGGACUUGAAGGAGAACAGCACUCUGCAAUAUGUGUGACAGCAAAACUUGUUGUUUUCACCAGUGUGACUUAUAAGCAAUCUCACAUUAGAACUUAUCGUGACACGCUAACUUCUAGUCUUUGGAGAUCAUACACGUGUGAUUAUUCUGCACUGAUUACGCACCACGGUGUCGUAUUAUUGAGAUCUCACGCUCCCGCAAGUUGCGUUAGCUGUGUCUGCGCCAUUCCCUGUUCCAUACGUUCUCCUGUCGAAUUAACACAGGACCUCUGUGUGUGGUGUGUUAACCCACGGGCCGCCGUUCCGCCCCACUUUUCGCGUUUGUAUUUUUAUACCAGCUUGCGAGAGUGUGUGUAUGGAAUGAACCACUGGACACUGGUCUAUCUCGGUUUAACUUGUUCAUUGUUGUCAUCUAAGCCUAAAAAGAUAGGCAACGUGCUGAUAUCCGGUUAACUUGCACGAUGCCAAGUUAAAGGAUCGAUUAGCACCGUUCGGUGUGGGAUUACGUAAAGCCUCAAACGGCUGCGCAUCCCUGACUUCAGGACAGAGGGUCGAUCCCAUUUUGACAUCGAGUCAGGUCACAUGUCCUUAUCUUGGUCCGCACUAAGCACUGUACCGGGUGUGUGAUCCCUGUACCGGGAUUGUGAUCCCUGUACCGGGUCUGUGAUCCCGGGGCAGGGGGACGGUCGAGGCCUCCCCCGCCUGUGCCAGCCCUUGCUGUAUACCGUCCGUCCUGUCCUAACCCGUCCUACCCGUCCCGUCUUGUCCUAAUCCCAUCCUACCCUUGUCCGUUGUCGCAUCCCGUCCUAACCUUCCCUUCCUAGCCCAUCUCGUCUAAGUCGUCCCGUCCCGUUUCGUCAUAAUCCAUCUUACUUCCGUCUGUUUUGUCCCGUCUUCAUGUAUUCCAAUUCUUUCCGUCCCGUCCCACGUCGUCCCUUUCUUCCCAAUCCCACCAACGUCGCUGUGGCUGCCAUUCCGUCCAUUGCUGUUGCUCGAGUACGAAAUGACUCCGUCCAGUGCUGUUUUGCUUCUGCGAGUCAAAGUGCAGAGUUGAAUACAGUCAAGUUGGAUGACA